AUGGACGAUUAUAGAGAAGAGGAUCAUUUCCUGCCUUCUACUUGGUUGAACAAAAGCUCAUCUGAACUAGCAGAAUCAAAUCUCUUCAUUAUAUCUUGCUUUAUUGCUGGCCUUAUCGGUAUCUUGACUAUCGUUUACACUGCAUUUCAAUGGAGAAGAAACAUAAGUCUCAGUUGGACAAAAGCCAUUGCAGGAACAAACAAAGAUCCAAAAUCAAGCAAGGAUCUUGUAGCACCACAUACUUGGUAUUUAGAAUCCGUAGCUCGUGGGAAAAGCUUAAAUUGUUGUGUAUGUUUAAAAUCUAUGUCACCGUCUCAAUCUCUUGGCCCCAUGGUGUCUUCAGGUAGUUUCAUUCACCGUUGUAGCAUAUGUGGUGCGGUGGCUCACCUUAACUGUUCAGCAAAUGCCAAUAAAGAUUGUAAAUGUGUGUCUAUGAUCGGGUCAGACCAUGUCUUGCACCAAUGGGCUAUUAGGUGGACAGAGGUUAUUGAUCAACCAGAUGGAACCUCUUUUUGUACACAUUGUGAAGAAUCGUGUAGUGCUUCUUUUCUUGGCGGGUCACCAAUCUGGUGUUGUUUAUGGUGUCAACGAUUAAUUCAUGUUGAUUGCCAUGGUAACAUGUCUCGUGAAACUGGUGAUAUUUGUGAUAUGGGUCCUUUUAAAAGAUUGAUUUUAUCGCCUCUUUAUGUUAAGGGAUUAGGUCGGUCAUCAUCUGGUGGAAUAUUGAGUUCCAUAACUUUUGGAGCCAAUGAGAUCGCAUCAUCUGUUCGUGCAAGUAUUACAAGUCAAACUAAGAAAAACAAGCAAGGGGAUCGAUUUAAUAUAGAUGAUGGUGAAGUUGGUGUAGGGGAAUCGUCUACAGAUGAGCAAAAAACUGAUUCCGGUGACAGUGACAUGAUGAGCAAAAAACGGAGUUAUAAAAGAAGUCACCAGAAAGAUGAUUCUCAGAUGGUACAAAUGAAGCAGAUAUACGAGUUGGUCAAUUUGCGUUCUGAUGCAAGGCCUCUUUUGGUUUUCAUUAACAAAAAAAGUGGUGCUAAGCGUGGUGAUUCAAUAAGGCUACGCAUGAAUAUUCUUUUGAAUCCUGUUCAGAUAUUUGAGUUGAGUUCGAAAGAAGGGCCGGAAGUCGGUCUUUAUCUAUUUAGAAAGGUAUCACAUUUCAGAGUGCUUGUAUGUGGUGGGGAUGGUACAGUAGGAUGGGUAUUGGAUGCCAUUGAAAAGCAAAAUUUUGUAUCUCCACCUCCAGUUGCUAUUCUACCAGCUGGAACCGGAAAUGAUUUGGCCCGAGUUUUAAAUUGGGGAAGUGGUUUAGGCUCGGUAGAGAAACAAGGAGGUCUAUGCACCAUGUUGCAACACAUGGAGCAUGCUGCUGUAACCGUUCUUGAUCGUUGGAAAAUUUCAAUUGUAAAUCACAGGGGAAGACCCCUUCGAUCCCCAAAGUUUAUGAAUAAUUAUCUUGGUGUCGGAUGUGAUGCAAAGGUUGCUCUUGAUAUUCAUAAUCUGAGGGAGGAGAAUCCUGAAAAAUUUUAUAACCAGUUUAUGAAUAAAGUCUUAUAUGCUAGAGAAGGUGCCAGGAGUAUGAUGGAUAGAACAUUAGCAGAUUAUCCAUGGCAAGUCCGAGUGGUGGUUGAUGGUGUUGAGGUUGAUGUUCCCGAGGAUGCAGAAGGCAUUCUUGUUGCCAAUAUUGGGAGUUAUAUGGGUGGUGUAGACCUAUGGCAAAAUGAAAAUGAAAGAAAUGAUAACUUUAAUCCUCAAUCUAUGCACGAUAAGAUGUUAGAGGUCGUGAGCAUAUCAGGAACUUGGCAUCUCGGAAAGCUCCAGGUGGGGCUUUCUCGAGCUCGAAGACUUGCCCAAGGGAAGACCAUAAGGAUUCAGCUUCUUGCACCAUUGCCAGUUCAAGUUGAUGGAGAACCGUGGUUACAGUCACCUUGCACGUUGAGCAUUUCACACCAUGGACAGGCUUUUAUGCUGAGAAGAACAGUCGAGGGCCCACUUGGUCAUGCAUCCGGAAUAAUUGCUGAUGUGCUAGAGAAUGCUGAAACAAAUCUGGUGAUUAAUGCAUCCCAGAAGCGAGCGCUUCUUCAUGAAAUGGCACUUAGACUAUCGUAGCACCACCACAUUUGUAGAAUGCAAACGAACGGUCUUCACUAGGCCAUGUACUUUUUACAUGUGUAGAUAUUGGUUA